AUGCUGGGCCUGGUAACGCCAUUCGCCGGCGUCCACAAUCUGGAUUUAUCUCCCGAUUCUCUGUCUGCAGAUGAAGCCCAGCAGAUAUGGGGCCAGCUUACCCCACACGAUGACAGUCCAUAUGGAUCCGCUACUUUGUCAUACACAGGUGCCCCGUUGAUAAGGUCGUACCAAUCCGAAGUAGAAAUUGCUAAUGCGUACUACAUCUACAUUCAUCCAUACUUACCCUUGCUGCCGCCGUCCAUAGAGCCACAGUAUGAGGACCAACCCAAAGUGAUCAAGCCACUUGAAGAAUACUCAGAGCCCGCGAAGUCAAAUUUGCCAUACUGGCCAGCAUCAUCGUUGAGCCUGGCUAUAUCCGCAAUGCUGGUUCUAAUACCUGCCCCCGAAGAUCAAUUCCCAACAGCGGACAUUUCUCUAGCUUACAGGCGUUGUUACGCUCAGCUAUUUGCGCAGGCAGCUCUAGCAGCAGUGGAAGCCGAGAUCGACGACUUGUCGCAUCCCCUUACCCCCAAAACUUCUGAGUCAGAGCGCUCUCGGGGUCAAGACGGUCUGCAUCCUCGAGUCCCAGCGCAGGUUUAUCCCGUACUUGCUCUUGUGGUUUUGAGUAUCUAUGAGUACUGCCAGCGAGAUAAUGUAUCCCGAAUGCGAGCCCGGGGCAAUCAGGCUAUCACAACUGCUAUGGAUAUCUCGAUACAUAGCCUUGACUCCUCGGAAACAACAUUUUCUGAGGCUCAGAGGAGGGCUUGGUGGAUGACGCGGAGUCGAUAUAUCGCUGACGCCCUAAAGCCAUGGCCUAUGGUCAUGAAAUCACAAGAGAUCAUGUUUGAGACCAAUAAAAUGGUCCAAAACAUCGAACAUAUCAAUGAUGAUGUCGUCCCAUCCGACUUUGGACCUAGAAUAAGCAAAAUUGACUCAGUUCUCACAACAUUGAUGAGGGAAGCCGAUCGCCAUACUUUGAUCACUAUCAACGAAGAGCCCGAGGCAUCCGUGGCUCAGACCAUGUGGAUGAUUAGUCGAAUGUUCAUUCAUUCUUCUCGCAUUCGACUGCACCGCUUCCGAGCGUUCAUGGGCAUCCCUCUGUUUCUAGACCAGUACUGUGACCUUGCUUCAAUAAAUGACCAGGGCGUCUCGCACGACAUAUCUAAGCCUAAGUGGGUCACAGACUGUGAGAUUUCAUUCCCAUUCACCGAGCAAGAGUCCUCUAGGAUUUGUCUCAAGUCGUCUCUGGUGGUAUCCACGAUAUUCCGCACUUUGCCAUUUCCACAGAUACUUGGCCAGGCCUCUUUUGGUCCAACCAGGUAUCCGAAGUCUGUGCCUUAUUUUGCCUGCUCUGCCAUGCAGAGUAGCUACGCUCUUCUCAUGCUCCUGCAUCGACUCCGUGCUUCUUUAGCGACAGAACGUCUCGCCCAAUGCUAUCACCUGCUUCAUGGACCGAAUCCUGAAUCAGAAAUAGCUGAUGCUGAACGGCUAAUGGAGGAGCUACGACAUGGCGUCGAAACACUCUGUAAGUCCUUGAAACCGGACGUGAUUUUCGAGGGCGUGGGGGAUAUGGGCCGUGAAAUCGAGGGUGCUUACCUGGCGGCUUUCCCUGACAACUAA